AUGGCGAGUCUAGUCUAUCGCAUAUGCACAUUGUCAAGUGUCCGUAGGUCUUCCUACUUGAUCCCGUCUCUAUCAUCUUCAUUCCGACACUAUUCGUCCUCCUCCUCCUCUAACGCUAAACUAUCAGCCAUGGAUGGUUCUGAAGGUGUUCUUCAGUUUUUUAACCGUGCGAAGGAUCGUGCUGCUACACAAAUGACUCGAUAUGUUGAACACAACGUUUUCCCACCUUCAAAUUGGAUGCUGAAGAACUUUUUUCUCUUCACAAAGCUGCAGCUGCCCACAAAUACGGAAAUUGACGCUAUUGAGUUUUUGAAUGGUGCUCGUUUUGCAUGUGACUUGGCUGUCAAUACCAUGUACUCGAGGGAGUUUGUUAAUUUCGCCACGGGGGCCAUCUCCGAGUCUCCCGCAGCGGAGAAGAUGAAGUUAGGACUGUCAGCGGCUUGCUACGAAGCGUUUUUGUCUGCUAUGAAGGAAACGAGCAUGAUGGACAAUAGGUUUACACUGAAGCAAUUGGAUAUCAAUGGAGCUUAUCUUUACGACGUGAUCUGGGAUCGAAUGUCGCUGGCGACCCUGAAGCAAGAGGAAGCGCUAGAAGCGUAUAACCGAGUACAGGUGGCCACUUUGGAACAAGCGGAGGAGGAUACAACGGUGGAAGAAGGGAAAACGAGUGCAGUGAAAGGGGCAAGGACGGUGGUAGAAAGAUUGACGGCAGAUAUUACUCCUGCGGACCACACGACAAUGGUUGAAAGACUGCAGCUGGAUGUGCUACUGGAGACUGUCGAAUAUUUGGAAAUCGCCACGUCUGAAGGUGCCGACCAGAUAUUGGAUAAAAGGUCAUCGGCUGUUUGGCGCUUUGAGUCACUUGUGACACAGCCAGAGGAUGUGGACUGGCGGAUUGUCACCGUCUUUUAG